CUUUGUUUCUAGUCGGGCGUAUUUUGAGUCACAACAAACAUGGCAGCCCCCUGUCGACGUGCAUGCCUUCCAUACUUAUUUCAUCUUGCUCAAGACAACUUGGACUUCAGGUUACCGGAAAUCGAGGCUCUGCUGGCUCUCAGAGGAAAACGUUUCAGUCCUUGGACAAACUUUAAGGAAAAGUGUCCUUUCUGGUGUCUGGAGGAUUUGACCGAAGAUGACGUCUGCUGCGUCAUGGCUCGAUCCGUUUGUGCAAAGUCUGCGUUUGAGCUGUGGGGCCAUGGAAGAAACCACAAUGAGCUCAGAACAUCCUUACUGAGCUACCCGGUCGAAAAGAUGUUGCCGUUCUUGCGUAAGGACUCAACCUACAGAAUAAACGUUUACACCUUCAACAAAAGCCUGGACUUCACCGAGCGAGUGAAACGAAUCGAUGCAAUGGAUUACCUUCCAUUUGAGGGUCUUGUUAGUCUAAAGAACCCUCAGCAUGUCUUCUGCUUGCUGGAAGAUUACGGCACUGACCCAAACAACAUCCCUCAGCAUCCAUAUUACAUUUACUUUGGCCGUUGGAUUGCGGAUGGCCAGCGUGAAUUGAUUCGUUCUCACAGUGUGAAAAAGCGACACUUCAUUGGAAACACCAGCAUGGAUGCAGGUCUCUCCUUCAUCAUGGCCAACCACGCCAAGGUCAAAGAGCACGAUCUGGUCUUUGACCCGUUUGUCGGCACCGGAAGCCUUUUGGUUGCUUGUUCCCAUUUUGGAGCCUAUGUGUGUGGAUCCGAUAUCGAUUACAACACUAUCCAUGGCAAAGGAAGGUCGAGUCGCAAAGACCAGAAGUGGCGAGGACCGGACGAGAACAUCCGAGCCAACCUACGACAGUACGGAAGCGAGAAAUUGUAUGUGGACGUGAUGGUGUCUGAUGCCUCCAAGCCCGUGUGGAGGGAAAACGCUCUCUUCGAUGCCAUCAUUACAGAUCCUCCGUACGGGAUACGCGAGUCCACAAGGCGAACAGGCUCCCAGAGGGAAAGUGCAAAAGCUGUGGAGUGCGUCUACGCUGAGUCGCACGUGCCUGUUUCCCAGUCCUACCACAUGAGUCAAAUAUUAGCUGACAUGCUAAACUUCUCCGCACAUCGCCUGGUCAUGGGAGGGAGGCUGGUCUACUGGCUGCCUGUUUAUAGGCCAGAAUACUGCGAGGAGAUGGUUCCCCUCCAUCCGUGUCUGCGUCUCAUUAGCAACUGUGAACAGAUCCUUUCAAGCCACACAGCUCGUCGCCUAAUCACCGUGGAGAAAGUCCGAGAACCAGAGGAGCUGGACAGCCUGGCUCACGUGUCGGACUCUUGCUUCAGCGCCUACCAGGGACACAACGCCUUCCGAGAGAAGUACUUCAGUGGGCUCAACAAGAGGCUUCACAAAGAGAACAAAUCGGAUUGAAUCGUUCCAACUCAGUAAGGCUGAUAUUGACUGUUGGCGGGAUCCAACCCGAAAGGAACAUAAGCCAAGUCAUUCAAAAAGUUUGAAAGAUUUUUAGUUUGGAUUGACACCAUUCCAGACAUAUGAACAUUACACAGAGAGGUGUUUUAGCAGUAGGCCACAGAAAUAAACGUGUUGUUCAAUGAG